UUUUAGUGACGGCCAUUUAAUAAUUCUUUACCUAAGUGGAAAUUUUCUUAUAGCGAAACAAGAUAAUCGUUCAUGAUAAAUAUUUUAUGAACGCUUUUAUUUGUGCAUUAUAUGAUUGUUUGAUGGUUAUCUAUCAUUGACGAAUUUUCAAUGGACAGCGAGACACAGGUUCUUGUGUGUGAACAGUGCUCAGCUGCGUUCUUGAGUGAGGACGCUUUCAAAUUGCACGCAUGUAUGAAGAGAGUUGUCACAAGUUCAUCUGAAAACAGCUGUGAAUCAUCUUUUGAGAAAAGAGUGCAUUAUGAAUCGGGAUAUUUUGAUAAUGAUAGUGACGAUGAUAUGCCUGAUAAACUAUAUAUUAAUGAAAGUGGACUUAGUAGAAGUAGCCUAGAUGUGGCUCUAUCAGUACGAAGUGGAAGUAGCCUAGAUGUGGCUUCGUUAGGAUCAGAGUUACAGUCACCAGAACAGUAUUAUAUUACAACCGACGAAGAUCCGAAACGGAAAACUGAAAUUUCCAUAUCCAGAGAAAAAUUGGUUCCCCUUUCAAAGCGCCUUUCUUCUACAAGUUCUGAAUCUGCAAUUAUUAAACAAGAAAUAAUUAGUGAAGAACUUGAACUACCUAUAUUGGAAAAAACAGCUGUUACUAAUAAGCCAGUGAAGACGGUAAUAAAGAUAAAUGUUAAAAGUGCUGGUAAUAAGCUUGGUGUAGCAAACAUUUUAAUGAACCCGUCGGUAAAAAGGUACAUUACUGAACAUGCAAAAACGAUUCAGAAAGGUAACACUGACCAGAGGCCGAUUUGUAUAAGCAUUCAGACAUCAAGUGCAAUUGCUAAUCACUUGCAGAAGACAAAAGCUAAAAUUGUACGAUUAUAUAAAAGACAGGCUGUGACCGAAAAUAUUAACCAGUCUAUUUCUCGAAAUUGCAUCGUGCAAGAACGAAAUGCUGUUUCAAAUAACCAGUAUGUAACAAGAUAUGAACCGACAUCAGCUGCACCUUCUUAUCAUGUGCAGAAGUCAAAAGCUAAAGAUUUUCAGUUAAAUAAAAAACAGGCUUUGGCGAAAAUGAUGACUCAGCCUAUUUCUCGACAUAACAUCGUUAAAAAACGACAUGGUGUUUCAAAUGACCAGUCUGUAUCACGAUAUGAACCUAGAUAUGAAACUGAAAAGAGUGACAGUAUAUUACUUGAUAACGUUUCCAAUCGUUCAGAGUCUGCGCCUCGGAUACUUCGCAAAACUGAUAUUGAGGAUAUUCAUAAUGCUGUUGAUGCUUCUAAUGAUCUUGGUAAUAGGGAAACUGGCAUUGAUGUAAAGCCCUACUUGUGUAAAACCUGCUCGAUGGUCAUAGACUCGGAGGGGGAGAUAGAGGCUCACCGCACAUCCUGUAAGGGAGACAACUGUGUUGAGGUGAAAGUUGAAGGUUUCCGGUGUCCCUCGUGCUCUGAGAGGUUCUUGGAUGAAGCCACAUUUGAUGAACACUUAGAGAUCUGCUCUGCUGAGGUGUAUAACACCAGCAGGAUGGCUGACAUUCCCACAGAGUUUCUGAACAUUGCAAACAACAACCUACCUUACUGCGUUGGUGUCCCUCCUUGCAACAAGACUAUGCACGUUUGCGGAAUGUGCGGGAAAGAAUUCAAUCAAAGAUGGUUCCUAGGUCGUCAUAUGAAGGUACAUUCGAAGGAAAAUGACUUAGCAUGUACAAUAUGUGGACAGGGAUUUAUAUAUAAAUCUCACUUGAAGAACCAUAUGAGAAGCCAUGGUUACACGUGUGAAGUGUGCGACGCGACUUUCAUGUACCCAAACGAUCUUAGCAAGCACAAAAAAACUCAUUAAUCCGAUGAUGUGGUGAAAAAUUUCAAAUGUCGUUACUGCAAUCGGGGCUUUAAGGAAAAUUACCAUCGAGAGCGUCACGAGGCUUCCCACGCUCUUCAGCGAACCGUCGAGUGUCAAAACUGCGACCUUACGUUCUCGCGUCGAGAUAAUCUGCAUCUAAAUAUGAAGAGAAUUCAUUCGGGUUACGCCAGGGCAAAAGGUGUCAAGCGGAAAUGUCGGCGACAACCGUGGAGUUGUCUGUUGUGCUGUCAGAAAUUCCUUUGGAAGAAAUAUUUUAUUACACAUGGAAAUGCUGCACCAGGAGUGGAAACGCCCGAAUUUCAACAGGCGCGCCUUGGCGUGAGGGAUAAAUGCGACGAAAGUGAUAAUGGCAAUGGUGGUUGAUUAUGACGACGUUGGUGACAUAGGGAAAAAGGAUUACAAUAGCGAAAGUGACUAUGAUGAUGUGGAGUUAGAUACAGAGGAUGAUGACAAAGCAAUCAAAAAUGUUCAGCAAUAUGUAAAGCUCCCAUGCUCAAAGUGUGAUCGGGUGUAUCGGUCUGAGGGGAAUUUACAACGGCACAUGCGCCUUAUGCAUGAUCAAGAUUAGAAUGUUAUGAAUGAAAGCACGAAGUUUAAAAUAAAAUGCACUUCAUUACUUUUAUUUUACAGUAAUUUAAGAACUUAAACUAAAUGAUGCAGGAAAUAAAAAUAUGUAUUUUUUAUAGGAUCAACUUGCAUUAAAGCAAUGAUAUUAAUGUUCCCGAGCAAUUAUUCCAUUUCUCCAUAAUUAAUGUCUAUAGACAUUGUAAUAAAACGUUAGAUAUGUG